GAGGCUCUCCGGCCGCCUCCCGCGGGCCAUGGCGGCUGUGGCGCUGCUCUUGUGCCUGCUGCUGCUGCUGCCGCCGCUGGCGGCGCUGCUGCGCCGGCGCGAUGGGCGCGGCCCGCGCUGCGGGGCGCUGCACCUGCUGCACCCGCAGGGGGCGCUGCACCUGAGCCGCCUGGCGCGGCGGCACGGGCCCGUGCUGCGCCUGCGCCUGGGGGGCCGCGACGUGCUAGUGCCGAGCUCGGUGGGGACCAUCCGUGAGGCGCUGGUCCGGCACUGGGGGGACUGGCUGGGGCGCCCCAGCAGUUAUCUGGGGUCGUUGGUGUCACAGGGGGGCCGGGACCUGGCACUGGGAGGCCCCUGCCCUGGCUGGCGGCGGCAGCGGGGAGCAGUGCGGAGGGCACUGGCACAGGCUGGGGGGCGUCUUGGGCCCCUCCUUUGGCUGCAAGGCCGGGAGUUGUGUGAGGAGCUGCAUUCCCAUGGGGGGGUCCCCCUGGACCCCUUUGAGGUGUUCACCUUCCAUACCUGCAGCACCAUUGCACGCCUCCUCUUUGGGGACCUGGUGCCCCCUCCAGGGGAGCUCCGGGCCUUCUCCCACUGCUUGGGGGAGCUGCUGCAGGUUUGGGGAUGCAGCAGUGUACAGGUGCUUGACCUGCUGCCCCUUCUGCGGGCCGUGCCGAACCCAGGAUUGCGGAAGCUGCUGCGGCUUGUCCAGCGCCGUGACACCUUCGUGGAGGCCCAGAUCCAGCGGCACCAGGCGUGCCCCUCCCCUCCCCUGGACACAGUUCUGGGGGCGCUGCUGGGGCGUAAUUCUGGGGCACAGGGGGGGCCCCUGAGUCCUUCCCGGCUGCACAUGGCGCUGGUUGACCUGUUCAUUGGGGGCACCGAGACCACGGCGGCUGCUCUGGGCUGGGCUGUGGCUUUCUUGCUGCACCGCCCUGAGCUGCAGGCGCAGCUGCGGGCAGAGCUGGAGGGGGCACAGGGACCCCCUGGGCCAGGGGACAUGGGGCGCCUGCCCCUUCUUCAGGCCACCGUCAACGAGACCCUGCGGCUGCGGCCUCCUGCACCCCUGGCACUGCCCCACUGCGCCUUGCGACAUACCAGUCUUGGGGGGCUCCCCGUGGUGGCUGGCACUGUCCUGGUCCCCAACCUGCUGGCAGCCCAACAGGACCCUGACAUCUGGCAGCAUCCUGAGGUCUUCCUGCCCGCUCCCCCCGAAAGCCUGCGGAGUCCCUCAAUCCUGAUCCGUCGCCCCCCAGAGCGGUUCCUGGCCCCGGGCGUCCCCUCGCGGUCGCUGCUGCCGUUCGGCUGCGGGGCGCGAUCGUGCCCGGGGGAGGGGCUGGCGCGGGCCGAGCUCUUCGUGUUCCUGGGGCUGAUCCUGAGGGAAUUCCGUCUGGAGCCGGGUCCGGGGGGACUGCCGGGGCUGAGGGGGUCGCCAGGUACGGUGCUGCGCUGCCCUCCCUUUCGCCUGCGCAUGGUGCCCUGCCAGCCCCCGGGCUCACCCUGACCCUGGCCUGACUCCACCUGACCACUUUAUUACUUUUCCUGAACACUCUGUGACUCACCUGACUUUUCCUGACCCUUCCUGAAUACACCUGACUUCAUCUGACCCUGUGUGACACUGUCUGAACCUGGCUGACCUUGGUCUUACUCCUGUCACAGUCCUAUGCCUCACCUUGACACUGGCUAUGGCCCUAGCUGUGACCCUACCUACCUCCAUCUGGCCCCUGCUUGAACCCUGCAUGACUCCAUCCCAACUCACCUGACCCUUACUAACCACACUUGACUCCACCUGAUCCUACCUUGGUGGUAGCCUGACCCAUGGGUGGUUCAACACUCCAGAUGCCUGGGUCUCCUCCCAAUGCCAGGGUCAGUGCAGUAGGCAUUUACUUCUCCCCAAUAAAAUUUAUAGUUUUGACCCCA